UGUGUUUAAAGUUGUGAGAACGGUAGGACAAAUAGCGUUUUUUGGGUUUAUUUGCUUGGGGUUGAUCAUCUCUGAAGCCCAACUUUCUUUCUUGAUCUUCCACAUCUUCCGUACGCGCAAGCGUAUCGUUCUUUUAAAAACCCAAUUUUUAUCUCGCGAAUGUUGUGGACUUCAAGUUUGCAUCUGGUUGUGUAUUGUGGAAUGAAAUAAAAAAUAAAAAAGAAAUUUCGCCUGUUUUGUUAUUUUCGAAGAAAACAUGCCAAUCAAAAUUGCAGGAUUUAUUUUUAUAAUUUUAUAUUCUGUUAACUGCAGUCCUUCGGAAUCAAACGAUUUUGAUUCAGUCAGCGAUUACAAUAUGCAAAAUGACUACUAUGGUGGAAGUUAUGAAGACUAUAAUAUGGAAGAAACGGCAACCGUAACGACUGAGCCUCCGUUACAAAUAAAUACACGUGAUGAAACAUUUAUUAGAGAUAUUGGUGCAAAAGUUGUCUUACCUUGCGAAAUUGCUGGUAUCAAUUAUGUGCAGUUCUGGACGAAGAAUAAUCCCGAAAGCAAGGAGAUUCUUUUUCAAGGGGGACUUAGAAUGACUGCUACACCAAAUAUGAAACUGUUAACAAAUGGAUCACUUGAAAUUUCAAAUUUACAUGCACAAGACACGGGCGAAUACGAAUGUAAAGCAAUGGAUACGAAGCAAAAUAGUCCAAAAAUUCGACACAAAGUUAUAUUGAACGUACCUCCCCAAAUUGAGCUUCUAGCAGCUAAGGACAAUGUUACAAUUUUAAAAAAUGGGGACACAUUGAUACUAAUUUGUAAAGCAAGUGGUUCUCCGAAGCCAGUUAUUUCAUGGCAUAAAGGCCCUUCGAAAUUUGAUAUACAAGGUGACGUUUUAGAAAUUCCAAAUGUUAAACAUCAUGAUGGUGGUACAUACAAGUGUGUAGCGGACAAUAAAAUUAGAGAACCAGCUUUUAGCUUCAUAAAUAUUGAAGUAGAAUCUCCUGAACCGUCAGAUUCGCCUUCCCUGACUCCAGCAAAUUUACUUGUUAGCGUAGCUGUAUUUGCAGUUUUUCAAAUGAGGUCAGUAUGGAAAAGGAUAUAAAAGUCCGUAAAAUACCAAAAUGCAACUGGGUAUAACUUUCAGUACACUUAUCGGUGGUUUAAAAGUGUAAAACAAAAAAAAAAUAUUUAGAAAUUAUUUUUAAGUAAGUUAUAAAAUACAAUUACUCUUUUAAAAAUUAAACUUUUGUACCGGAAACCGGAAGUUUAGUAACUGUACAUAUGUAUACAUACCUAUUAUACGCAGAGUUUUGUAAAUUUUUGUGCUGAUUUAUUGAAUAGGAAAGCUCUUCGUUAAAUUUAUCCAGUUAAUCAAAAACAACACUAGUAAGUGCUACAAAAUUUUACACAUUAGAAAUAUGUCUUACAAGUAGAGCCCAAAAAUUGAUAAAAUAAAUCGUUGUUGCUUAUUAUACUUCUACAUUUACGCAGAAUUUUAAAUAUUUCAAAACGUGAAAGAACAAAAUUUAAUCGAGGAUAGCAUAUUACGAAGUUUUUGAAAUUUUUUUGUAGGUGGUUCAUGAAUUGAUCUAUUUAAAUCCGCUUUUGUAAUUUUGAUGUAUAUGAAUGUAUAAAUUAAAUGAAACAUAACAUGA